CUCACUAUUCAUAUCUCUCUCUCGCGAUUGCAAAUCCCAGUGGGUAAUUUUGAUUUUGAUUGUGUUGUUUCAAUUCUGUACUAGAUAUUGAUAUUGUGUUUGUUUCAAUUCUGUUCUAGUUUCAUUUCUCUCUCUCGAUUUCAAAUCCCCGUGGGUCAUUUUGAUACUGAUUGUGUGUUUGUUUCAAUUCUGUUCUAGGUUUUGAUUUACGAUUUGAAUUUGAUUUUUGAUAUUGAUUGUGUUUGUUUCAGUUCUGUUAGUUUUUGUUUUACGAUUUGAAUUUGAUUUUUGGAUUGAUGAUGGGUGAGUUGGGUGAAUGGGUUUUAGGAGAUAGGAUUGGGGAGGGGGGUUUCGGGUGUGUGUAUAAGGGUUACCCACUCAAGCUUGAGAAUGGGGCCCCUGGUAUCAUGGCCGUUAAGGUUGCAGAGGCCUCUCAUCCAUUCAAGGUUGAUGCUUUGUUGGAUGAGGCCAAGCUCCUUUCUCUCUUUCACCACUGCCCUUUUGUCAUCAAUUCUUACGGUCAACAGUGGGCUUCUUCCUCUCUCAAUUUGUUUUUUAGAAAUUUGCCGCUGGAGGCACCAUUAGAGAUAGGAUUGACAAUUCUGCAUUGUCCGAAUAUGAGAUUAAGGAGUUCACUAAGUCUGUGCUUAGUGGUCUCCAGUGCAUUCAUGACAAAGGUUAUGUGCACUGCGACAUAAAGCCGACAAUAUUCUUCUUGCCAUGAUAUGGAUUCUCCUGUCGAUUUUGUGGCUAAGAUAGGAGACUUUGGAUUAACUAAGAGUGCUCAGAACUUGCAUUCUCGCCAAGGCACUAAAUGGUAUUUGCCUCCUGAAACUGUUCUCUGUAACAUUCAGGGGAAACCGUCUGAUAUUUGGGCAGUAGGAUGUCUAGUUCUAGAGAUGUUGACUGGUUCGUUGUGGACUUGUAAGUCAACUGAGUACCUAGGCGUUUGGGCUUCUAAUCCAGUUAUUCCUUCACACUUGUCUGAUGACGCCAAGGAUUUUUUGGCAAAGUGUCUAGAUGUAGAUGCUUAUAAGAGAUUUACGGCUCGGCGUCUCUUAGCUCACUCAUUUCUUAUGAGUAAUCAGAGUGUUGAAAAAUUACCCAAAUCGCCUACAUUGUCACAAUCUCAGCAUUGUCAUAAUCGGUUGCCUAGUUUUAUACCCUUAGGGGACUCUAGUUCCCAUGAGGCACAAAUGCCCAUUGAGAGUUCUGGAUUAGAUGAUGAUACCAUUUUCCCUUUGGCACUCAUGUCAAGACCUGUAAGACAUGUGGUUGCAGACAAAUGGUGCAAAAAGCCAACAACUUUUGCUGUAAUGGGCGCUGCAUAGUUUCACAUAUUAUCCAGAAUCAUAGCCAGUAAGCUGUUUAUAAUCUAGGGUCUCCUAAGGUCAAAUGGACUCUGAAAGAGUUUUGUGCAAUGAUGAGACAGCCUCACUCUCUUGAUUGCUAUCCGGCUUUGUGUAAGAACAAUUUUCUAUCCAGCCUUCUCCAACUCGAACGGUUAUUUCCCUUCUACUUAACAUAGUUCGGUUCACAUUGUUUUCUAUUUUUCAUUUUUUCUUUGUUCAUGGAACACAAGAAAUCUCGAUAAAGGAAGUGUUGAAGAAUAGUUAGUUUCCUGGGCUUGAAUGUCGGGCUUAAAUUUGGAGAAGAAACACAUAGUUUCUGGGAACUGCGUGCUCCCUGGUUAGAACCUCUAACGGGUCAUAUUCUAUAUUACUCCCUAGGAAAAGCUAUAUAUCUGAGUUGAAUGGCACUUAUUGGCUGAACUGCUGGCUUGUUGACAAUGUUUAUAUCUCAUGAUUUAAACAUUGGUGCACAAAGCCAACAACUUUUGCAUAGUUUCACAUAUUAUCCAUGUUAGGUUCAAGCUUUUUGUGAAAUGCAUGUUAAUGGUGUGGGGUUUUGUGUUCUCGCAGCCCCUGUUAGAAAAAAAAAAAAAAACUCCUGUAUAGUCAGGUUCCUGCCACAAGUUCAGUAUCUGAAGCUUGGUAAGUGUUACUAUGUCACAAGUUUACUAUCUGAAGCUUGGUAAGUGUUACUAUGUCACAAGUUUACUAUCUGAAGCUUGAUAAGUGUUUUACAAGGAUAAGUGAUUUGAAAAUGCCAAAUCAGUUGAUUUCAAUUGUAACUGGAGCUGCAAGACUGUGUUGAGUGGACAGACAAUGUAUCAGGUGGACUUUCACCGCAUGGGAAAUUUGGUAUGCAUUUGACUGACUGAAGUGGCCCUCAACUCAAUAUUGUGAAGAGAACUUUGCAGAGCAUUUGUAUUGUUCAGGUGCUGGUGUUUAUUAUGCAAUAGGGUUGUCAACGAUUAUGGUGCUAGCUGGGUUUUGCAUAGUUUAAAAGUUUAAAACUAUAGAAGCGUUAAAAGAUCACUGAACUUCCAUUUUGACAACCGUUGAAAUGCCAUAAACGCUACAUGUGAGGCCCUUGUUGAUGCUGGGAUUCCUCUAAGUUGCUAUCUGUUGUUGCUUGGCAGAGUGGAUAUGUCAUAGACUCAUAGUGGAUCCAAGCAAGCUAGAAUAGCAGACUCGGUCCUCUCAACCCUUCCAGAAGGGCAACCACGUGUGCUAGGUGAACCAAUAGAACUUGGGAUCAUCACCUCAGUGUCUGAUAUUUUUCUGAGCAGAGACGAUGCUACUUGGGAGCAAUUUGUGUGGCCGCGCUCCUGCAACACUUUGGCAGGAGCACCAUAUCUCCGAUGUUAAGUCUGCUCUCUCCCUCUCACUUGCAUCAAAGGACUACGGUGAAUGCCUUCAUAAAGCUAGUUGAUUUCACAUGCUGGCUAAAGUAGAGCCACUAGAGUCUUCAUUGCUAGUACAACUGUAGAACUUCCCAUAGUCACCCAGAAUGAAAUGGGCAACAGAAACUUGCCAAAUUUAUAAGGUGCAUUAACUCUUCUGCCAUUUCUAGCUGUUGGUAUUGUUAUCGUUGGGUUUCUCUCAUAUCUCAUUGUGAUUGUUUUGGAUAUUUGUUCUUCAGUGAAAUUAUUUGAAGCUUAAGAACAUGUAACUGUGGCCCUAAACCCUUAAAAUAAAACAAAAGGUCAAGAGAUUCG